UGCAAGCUGCAUGAAACAGGGCUGCAGAUUAGCUCACAAUACAUGCACUUGUGCACAUUUUCGAUGCCCACGCAAGGGCACGUUUUAUUUUUGUCUGUCAAUCGCUAGGGGACUCCAGCGUGGUGAUGCAUGGACACACACCCUCGCACACACACACUAGGUUAAUGCACUGCUCAGGAUGUUGCAGCCGCAGCAGCCCGUUACAGGCAACAGGCCCAGCGCAAGCCGCGGCCUCGGGUUGAGAGUCCACCCGGGAAUGCAUCCUCUCAACGCGGUGCACCCUCCCUCGCAACACCGGCCCGACGGCGGCGAUCCCGGGGGCCUCGAAGGCACCGAAAACGGACACGACAACCGGCGAGACAUCGGUGAUAUCCUACAGCAGAUCAUGACCAUAACCGACCAAAGUUUAGACGAAGCUCAAGCGAAAAAACACGCUUUAAACUGUCAUCGGAUGAAACCCGCUCUGUUCAGUGUGCUGUGUGAAAUUAAAGAGAAAACAGGUAAGUUUUAAACGCGCAUGUCAUUUUAAAAGGGCUUAAAGUUAUAACUGUUAGUGUUAACUUUAUAAUUGGUUUAGAAGUUGGCAUUGGGUUCAGCCCAGGGCGGAUAUAUUAUACAUUCACAACAUACAAAAAAUAAACAACGUAUAAUAAUACCAACUCUUGUUUGUCAAUGUUGUGUUCAAACCCCAUCAUUUCUGUGUGAUGCCCAUUGCAUGUGUUUGAAUAGAGUCCCAUUUGCACAACAAUGGCAUGAUGGUUAAUAGGUUGAUCUGCAGGU